AUGAGCAGAGAGAUCUGUGUGCACUCCUGGCCUUGCUCCUACUACUUAGAACCAGAGAAGCGAUGGGUUCCUGGAAAGCUUUCAUUAACUUCUCACUCCCUGAGAUCUGCAACUGAUAAAACCGAGGAGGCCCUGGUCAGCUUCCCCCUGUCUAGUGUGAUUGAGAUCAAGAAGGAGGCUUCUCACUUUGUCUUCAGUUCUAUCACCGUCCUGGAGAAGGACCACCUCAAGCACUGGUUCAACUCCUUGCAGCCCAGUCAGAAUGCGGUCUUCAGCAUCAUCGAGCAUUUCUGGAGAGAGCUGCUGCUGUCUCCAUCGGAAGCACUGCUCCCUGUGACCAAGGGGAAGCAGCUGACUGGUCUGAUGGCCUGUUCCCAGAAGCACCUGGAAGAGACAGCCCAAGUCCUCCACCAUCAGGGCGAGCAGCUGGACAGCAUCACCAAGGGCCUGGACAAGAUGGAAUCUGACCUGGACUUGACUGACAGGUACAGGGAGCGCUUCGGAGACACGGGUCACGCCCCUGCCGUGCGCAGUGACGCUGGCGAGCUCCCACAGAGCCGCCAGCGGGUGCUCCUCGUGGGGGUCUCCUGGCUCAUGGGGGUCGUUGGCACGGGUGUUCGCAUCCGCCAACGGUUCAUCGGGAAGCCAGACAUAGCUUAUCGCCUGAUAUCCGCCAAGAUGCCCGAGGCUGUCCCCAUUUUGGAGGUGCAGUUCAGCAAGAAGAUGGAGUUGUUAGAAGGCAGCUUGACACCCGGAAGUGCCAGCACGUCUUCCCCAGCAGAGAAGGGCUGCUAUGUCUGGCAGGCAGCGUCUGGGCUGAUGGACCACGCCAUGCACCGCGAGCCCUGCUCGGGAAGCCAGGAGGGCCAGCCGCUUCCGCUGCAGAUGAGUGAGCCGCUGGUUUCCGAGGGGGACGCCCAGGAACUGAGACAGAUCCUGAGGAAGCUGAAGAGUCUCGCCCUGGACACUGAGAAGGAACUGGAGAGGCAUGACGAGGCCCUGGACGGCAUCACUGCGGCCGUCGACCGGGCCACCUUAACCAUCGACAAGCAUAACCGACGUGCCAAAAAACUGACCUAG